ACUGGGUCGCUCCUGGGAACUCUUGGUUUCGUCGCCUGGGAGUUGGGGAGUUUACAGUCUUUUCCGCGUCUGUUUCAUUUUUCCUUUUUGGUUGGUGGAGGAGGAGACUCCCACCACUUGAAGACGAUCUCAGAAGGUUUUGUUCCGUGGGAAGGUGUUGGGUUCUCUGGUUCGGAUUUUUUUUUCUUCUUUUGCACACUUUCCCGUGGGAGACUGUCGCGAGGGAUUUUUAUCCACUGUGGAUUAUAACUGCAACAUGACUCUGGAAGAGGUCGUGGCGUGCGACAACGCGGCGCAGAAGAUGCAGUCCGUGACCGCCGCUGUGGAAGAGCUGCUGGUGGCCGCGCAGCGCCAAGACCGCCUCACGGUGGGGGUGUACGAGUCGGCCAAGCUGAUGAAUGUGGACCCUGACAGCGUGGUCCUGUGCCUCUUGGCUAUAGACGAAGAGGAAGAAGACGUUGCCCUGCAAAUCCAUUUCACCCUCAUCCAGUCCUUUUGUUGCGACAAUGACAUCGACAUUCUCCGUGUGUCUGGCAUGCAGCGGCUGGCGCAGCUUCUGGGAGAGCCGGCCGAGACCCUGGGCACCACCGAGGCCCGAGAUCUCCACUGCCUCCUAGUCACGAAUCCUCACACUGACUCUUGGAAAAGCCAGGGCCUGGUAGAGGUCGCCAGUUACUGUGAAGAGAGCCGGGGCAAUAACCAGUGGAUCCCCUAUAUCUCGCUCCAGGAACGCUGAGGCUCUUUCCAGCAUCCCAACCUGUUGAGUUGCUGCCAAAAAAAAAAAAAUUUAAUACAUAUUUGACACUCCCUCCCCCUUCCCCAGAACAAACCCCCCCC